GAAAUCGACAAAAAUGCCCUCCAAGUCCGGCCGGCUGUCAACGAUGGGUCAUCUGCAGCAGAUGUUCCCCCCAUCGCCCUCCUUCUCCCCCGCCCGGGACAUUCCCCCUCUCCCGGGCAUUCGUGCCCUCAUCACAGGCGGCACAUCCGGUAUUGGGCUCUCCACAGCCCGCUCCCUCCUUGCCGCCGGCGCACAUGUCUGCCUCAUGGCCCGUUCGAGCGGGAAGGGCGAACGUGUCCUACGCGAGCUCAGCGCCGAGGGAUACUCCCAGCGCGUAACGUUCAUUCCCCUCGACCUGGGAGACCUCGCCUCCGUUCGGCGAGCCGCUACUGCCUACAUCGAGGCUAACGACCGCCUCCAUCUAUUGAUCAACAACGCCGCUAUCCUACUUCCCGGCUCUGGCAGCAUGGAAGUUUCGGCACAGGGCCACGAUGCACAGUUCGCUACGAACGCACUGGGUCAUUGGCAUUUGACAAUGCUCCUCCUCCCUCUGUUGAGGGAGACAGUGUGCUUGUUGCCCAUCGUCCCCAGCCCGGCGAGCAGCGUCGACUCACUUCCCUCCCUCGCCCGGACCGUCGGUUCGCACGCGUCUAGCUCCAGCGGGAGGUCCUCAACAGCAGCAGACGGCCAACCACACGCGCAGCCCGUCCCUGUGCAAACGCAAGAAGAACAAGAGCUGGCAGCCAUGACCCGUAUCGGCGUGCGCGUGCUCACACUCUCCUCCAACGCGCACCAUUUUGCACCAGCAUCGACGCUCAACUGGUGGGCUAUACAGCCGUCCGUACCGCGUGACGUGCGUGAUACAGUGCGCAAGCGAGCGGGAGGUUGGGGACUCUACGCGGGGAGUAAGAUGGCGAACGUGAUCAUAUCGAACUACCUCGCACGGACAUUAGGCCCCUCUACGGGGAUCGUAUUCGCCGCCAUCCAUCCGGGAGGGAUCAAGACCGACCUCUCGCGCUCUGCCCCCAAAUGGCAGAACGUACUCACCAACUGGAUGCUCUACCCUGCUGAGUACGGCGCCCUCACAACCCUAUGGGCCGCGACCUGCGAAAACGCUCGCCAUCUUAACGGAGGGUACUGUAUCCCCUGGGCACGGCUCGGUGCUGCUAGGGGAGAUACGCAGGACUGGGCGGUGCAAGACCGGCUGGCGGGAUUGUUGGAGGAGAUGCGGGUGGGGUUCUAGGAGGGAGGCAUUGUGCGGGCAUAGUGCCGAGGGAAGAGAAAGGACUCUAUAGUAUCAUCACAAGGACUUUGUUUGUUUUUUAAGCUAUUGUACACAAGUUG